CCUCCCUGCGGGGCGGCGGCGAUGGCGGAGCCGGGGAGAGCCGGCGGGAGCCCCGAGCCCCCCGUGCAGGUGGAUUGUUCAGCUGAAAUAAUUGAAAAAUGGAAGAUCAAGUUGGAAGAAGUUGGUAUUUCAGUAAUCAUUGGAACCAACAGUUCCUCUCAGCCUCGAGGUGUUGGAUUUGCUAAAAAUCAAGCAGUAAUUCAGAGCUCAGGAACCUAUCUCUGCUUUCUGGAUUCAGAUGAUGUGAUGAUGCCACAGCGGGUUAGGCUGCAGCACCAAGUUGCCAUUCAACACCCAAACAGUAUUAUUGGUUGCCAAGUGAGAAGAGAGCCACUGGACUCCACUGAACGAUACACUCGCUGGAUCAAUAACCUCAGCCAGGAGCAGCUCCUUACACAGGUGUUCACCUCCCAUGGGCCUACUGUGAUCAUGCCAACCUGGUUCUGCUCUCGAGAAUGGUUUUUUCAUGUGGGAAGAUUUGAUGAGGGUGGAAAGGGUGUCCCAGAGGAUUUGUUGUUUUUUUAUGAACAUCUCCAGAAGGGUGGUGGAGUGUUUCGAGUGAACCAUUGCCUCCUGCUCUACCGGUACCACCCCCAGGCUGCCACUCACUCUGUGCUAGAGGAAACCAUCUGGAAUCACCGAGUCAGGUUCCUUGAGGACAGAGUCCUGAGCUCCUGGACAUCAUUCACCAUUUGGAAUGCUGGCAAGCAAGGCAAGAAGCUCUACAGAAGCUUGUCACCAGCUAAUCAGAAAAAGGUAACUGCAUUUUGUGAUGUUGAUGAAAAGAAAAUAACAAAAGGAUUCUACACCUAUGAGGAAUCUGAGGAGAGACCAAAACCCAAAAUUCCUGUGUGUCACUUCAGGGACGCGGCUCCGCCCUUCGUGGUCUGUGUGAAGCUGGACUUGACAGGUGGAGCCUUUGAAACAAACCUGGCCAUGCUGAACCUGAAGGAAGGGAUGGAUUAUUAUCACUUUAACUAAACCACGGUGAGGCAGUGCUGCUCCCUGUGGGGCUGGGUGCAGGAAAACCAAAUUCUUCAGGGGUUUAGAACUUUUUAGUCAUUUGUGCUUUGUUAAUUUAAUCUUUGGGCUGAGUAACCCUUUGUAGGGGAGGUCACAGUUACAGCAGGGUAAUGCUGUGUGCAUUACUCUUGCUGUGCACAUUACUAGUUAUUACUGGGUUUUUUUACUGUGUGCAUUAUUAGUUUUACUGUUCCACAUCACUCAGUUUGACUGGUAAAUUGUGAUCAACAGUCAGUGAGCUCCACUAAUUCCAGCUGCCAGUCCAGCUUGCAGGAAUCCUCAAGAAGUAUUGAAUAAUCUCAUUUACAGUUACUUUCUACAAGACCAAAGAGAGUCUGAGCCAGCCAGGCUGGAAGUGAACACCUGCAGUUUGCAGCAUUUACUUCACAGAGAAAUAACUUCUCUGCCUGAAUUUUUCCUUCCUUUCACAUUUGUAGAGAUGUCUACACACACACCCACUGUUCAACUACUGGGAUAGUGGGAUUUAAUUACAGCCAUAAAAUAACAGUGUAAUUACAAUAUGAUGUGGUCUGUGCAUUUGACCUCCCCAUCACAUUGAUCUCACUAAAGAUGAAUUUCAGAGUGAUUUCAUUUUGUAGGGGGUAA